AUGCCUGCUACAAGACUCUCGUCAACGCGGAACAUCCAGCCUCAAAGGAAGAGGCUAACGCGCUCACCAAACAAGGCCAUCCCACGAAUCAAGAACUCUGCCCAAGACAAGCUCACAGGUCGCGCAAGUCGAACCGAGACAAACUCUUCGUCUUCAACUCGGCGGAAACGUUCUCAUGACUAUGAUGCAGUCGCUACUCCCCUCAUCGUCCAGAAAAGAAGAAAGACCAGCCUGGGCGUGUCGACAGACUUGACACCCUCUGUGACGCCCUCCACCAUCAUCAUCCAGGUCCCUACAAAGAAGCUCACAGUAUUCGUAUUUGGAACUGGCGAAGCCGGCGAGCUAGGACUUGGCCCAAUAAAGCAGGAAGCCUUGAGCCCUACCCUUAACUCGUGUCUUGAUGCUGGCCGUCCUUCUGCCUUCCAUAUUGUCCAACUUGCCUGCGGCGGUAUGCAUACGGUUGCCUUGACGGCGGAUAAUAAGAUCAUCACUUGGGGGGUGAAUGAUGAGCACGCUCUUGGACGAGAUACGCAGUGGGAGGGCAAACUAGAAAGCGUCGACGCUGGCUCAGAGGACGGCGACGAUGAUGACGAGAAGGCAGACAUGAAUCCCUACGAAUCAACCCCUGGAGAGGUUCCGUCAAAAUAUUUUCCUACGGGCAUUCGAUUUAGCCAGGUCGCUGCUGGUGAUAGCUGCAGCUUCGCGCUCACUACUACUGGUCUUGUCUACGGAUGGGGCACCUUUCGUGACUCCAGUGGCAACAAAGGUUUCAGGUAUGAUGAGCCUGGAGACACUGUCGAAAAUCAAGCAACACCAUAUCAUAUUCAGGGCCUCCAAAACAUCACCCAGAUUUGCUGUGGCGACAAUCACGCAUUGGCUCUCGAUAGCAGUGGGAACAUCUGGGCCUGGGGCUGCAAUGACCAAUAUCAAUUUGGCCGCCGUCUCGUUACACGCAGUGACAAACCCCCCCUAAUACCGCAGCAAGUUCGAGUAUGUCGCAAUAGGGCUAAAUACAUUGCAUGUGGGGGCGAUCAUUGUUUUGCAGUCGAUUGGGACGAUAACGUGUAUGGCUGGGGUGCGAACAACUUCGGCCAAGCUGGAGACGCUUCCAGUGCUGGAACCAACUCGGCGUUCGUGCCACCAACCAAGAUCCGAAGCCUCUGCCAGAAGCAAGUAGUAGUCCUGGACGGCGGUGCGCAUCACUCUGCUGCCGUGACGGCUGAUGGUAGUUGCUUAGUUUGGGGUCGAAUCGAUGAUGGUCAAUUAGGCGUGGACUUUACACCCGAGCAGUUGCAAGACUCGACGCUUAUUCGGCACGAUGAGCGUAGCAAGCCUCGCAUUUGCUUACGCCCUGCCAUGAUUCCUACUAUUCAACAAGCCAAUUUUGUUGCAUGUAGCUCGGAUCAUACCAUCUUGAUUGAUAAGGCUGGCAACGCUUACUCCUCCGGCUAUGGCGACCAGGGUCAACUUGGCCAUAACUCUACCGACACUGUGAAGGUUAUGCGGCGCAUCAAAAGAGAGAGCGUGGAUGAUACGAGAAUGACUUGGGCGGGAGCCGGCGGCCAAUUUUCCAUCAUUGCUGGGCCUGCUAAGAGCGAGGCGCCUUUCUGGGCUCUGUGUUCCUCUUUGUCUCCGAACCGCGCAUCCAUGAUCGUCGAUUGA